CAGUACUUGUUGCAUAUAGAGUAUAGCUGUGGUGGUGUCUGCAAUUUUAUGGUAUAUAUAUAUAUAUAUAUAUGCGUUGAAUUUAUUAGAUUUUCUGGGAAAUGGGAAGCAGGCAUGAGACUUUGGAGGAUCCGAUGGCAAUCAUGGCAUCUGUGAUUGAUGAUAUGAUAUACGUUGCUAUGGGAAAAGAUGUGAAAGAGUGCAAAUCAAUCCUGUUAUGGGCUUUGCAGAAUUCUGGGGGAAGGAGGAUUUGCAUCCUUCAUGUUCAUCAGCCUCCACAGUUCAUUCCCUUCAUGGGUACAAAAGCUCCUGCAAGCAAACUCAAGGAAAAGAUAGUGAGCGAUUACCGGGAAACUGAAAGGCAAAACAUGCAUCAGAUCCUCGAUGAAUACGUUCGUUUCUGUCUCCAAAUGGGGGUACGGGCACAAAAACUAGAAAUAGAAAUGGACCGUAUCGAGAAGGGAAUUGUAGAUCUCAUCUCUACGCACGAGAUCAAGAAGCUUGUGAUGGGAGCAGCUGCAGACAAGCACUAUAAUCGAAGAAUGACGGAACUCAAGUCUAGUAAAGCUAAAUAUGUACGCGAACAAGCCCCUAUUUCCUGUCAUAUACAAUUCAUCUGCAAAGGCCACCUCAUCUUCACCAGGGAAGCAAGCGCAGACGUGACUGAAAGUGGACAAUCAAACCUCAAGAAAUCAUGGUCGGUUGCUUUGGGGAACGACAGGAACAGGGACAGCAGUGAAAUCCGACAAUCAAACUUCGUGAGAGCACAAUCUGUUACAACGGAGCACAAGUACAGGGAUGGACGGAUGAUGCGCAUCUUCGAUAUCCCUUCACAGGCGGCAGCAGGCACUAGUCAACAAGAGACUUCUUCAUCUCCAAAAAUUCCUUCGGGUUCUGAUGGAUGGGGGAAUGGGUUAGGAUUGGGAAGGAGUCCUUCCGGUUCGGGUUAUUAUUGCUCAACCAGCUCUCCCAAAAGAGUGGCUGACGUAACUCUGUCUCCAUGGGAUGAGGCCAGUGAGUUUAGUGCACCCUCUCCCGCGGGUUCGGGUUAUUCAAGAACCUCUUAUGUGGAUGUCGGAUCUCCAUUGCUGCCGCAGAGUCCAACAUUGGUUUAUAGUGUAAGCAACAUCUCAGUAUGCUCUUCUAAUGGAGCCCCCAAUGCUGUGGAUGAAAGUUCAGAUGACACUCUUUAUGAGCAACUUCAACAAGUGAUGGCAGAGAAUGAAAAAGAGACACUACUCAGGCGUCAGAGAGCAGAAAUAUAUGUGAUUGAGGCCAAACGCCGGGGCCAAGAAGAGUCGAGACAGAGAAAAGAAGCUGAGGAAGCGCUAGUGAAGGUAAAAGAAGAGCUUGAAAAUGUGAAGAAUCAGAGAGACCAAGUAACGGAAGAACUAGGGAUUUAUCAAGAACAUGUAUUGUCAUCAAAGAUUCAUAUUGCAGAGUUACUGAAAGUGAUGAAUGAGGCCAAACGCCGGGGCCAAGAAGAGUCGAGACAAAGAAAAGAAGCUGAGGAAGCGCUAGUGAAGGUAAAAGAAGAGCUUGAAAAUGUGAAGAAUCAGAGAGACCAAGUACUUGAAAAUGUGAAGAAUCAGAGAGACCAAGUAAAGGAAGAAGUACUGGGGAUUUCUCAAGAACAUGAAUUAUCAUUAAAGACUCAGAUUGCAGAGUUACACAAAAAGAUGAAUGAGGUGCAGAUGGAGCGUGAUAAUGCGCUGAAAGAAGCUGAAGGGCUAAGAAGAAAUCAAGUUGGUGAUGAUGAUCACUUCUCUGAGUUCAAGCUCUCUGAGAUCGAAGAAGCUACUCAGAAGUUUGAUGAAUCCAAGAAAAUUGGACAAGGAGGAUAUGGAAGCAUUUAUAAAGGUCUCCUGCGUCCAAAAGAGGUUGCAAUUAAGAUGCUACAAUCUCCUGGCGCCCAUGGCACCUCACAAUUCCAAAUGGAGGUUCGUGUAUUGAGUCAGUUGCGGCAUCCGAAUCUUGUGAAACUUACUGGAUCUUGCCCAGAAGUUUUUGCGCUAAUCUAUGAGUAUCUCCCCAAUGGAAGCCUUGAAGAUAGACUGAGCAUGAAAGACAACAGCCCUCCAUUGUCAUGGCAAACUCGAAUACGCAUCGCCACAGAGUUGUGCUCUGUCCUCGUUUAUCUUCAUUCUGCUAAACCUCACAGCAUAGUACAUGGUGAUUUGAAGCCCUCCAACAUCCUCCUCGACGCCAACUUUGUGAGUAAACUAAGUGACUUUGGAAUUUGCCGUAUGUUGUUCCCUGAUGAAAGUUUAAGCAACAACAUUAACACAACGUUGUCUCGUAUAACUGACCCAAAGGGCACUCCAGCCUACAUAGAUCCUGAGUUUCGUGAAACAAGUGUGCUUACUUUGAAGUCUGAUGUUUACUCGUUUGGGAUCAUAUUACUACAACUGUUGACUGGGAGACAACCCUUUAAGAUAUCAAAUGAAGUGAAAUAUGCCCUGGAUGCCGGAAACUUGAAAGCUCUCUUGGAUCCUUUGGCUGGAGACUGGCCGAUUUUGGCUGCUCAAGAGUUGGCUCACCUGGGAUUGAAAUGCUGCGACAGGGACCGGAGGAGCCGGCCGGAGCUUGGUUCAGAAGUGUUGAAGAUGCUUGAACCAAUGAGGGCUUCAUAUGGGUCUUAGUGCCAACCACCUUCUUUCAUAUAUAUAUAUUUCUUAGUCAUUGUAUUUCUUUCAUAUAUAUAUUUCCUGAUAUUUAUAUGACUUGUUUAAGCUUAUGGUUUGGUUGU